CGUUGCUGCUCAGCAGUUAACAGGUCAGUCAGCGCGAGUCCGCGGCGAGGAGGAGAACUUAUCACCUCAUCCACGCAGUUUCCAAAAGACGGGCGGCUCACGGGUGGACACUAAACUUAAAGUGGGAUGACAUCUGAGCGAUGAACAGAGGGACAUUCCCCACUGAUAGCAGUGAUGGAGAACACAACAUGGCCAUACGCUGCAUACGUCCCCCAUUAUCUCCUGCGUGGUGACCCCUUUGCUUCGAGGCUCUCCAGAGAGGCGGACAUCAUUGCGGCUUUUUACAUCUGCAUCAUAGGAAUCCUGUCUGCAAUAGGAAAUGGCUUUGUCAUUUAUAUGACCAUCAAACGCAAGACCAAGUUGAAGCCUCCUGAACUGAUGAUCGUUAACCUUGCCAUUUUUGAUUUUGGCAUAUCAGUGACCGGAAAGCCGUUUUUUGUGGUGUCCAGUUUCUCCCACCGCUGGCUGUUCGGCUGGGAAGGCUGUCAGUUCUAUGGCUGGGCAGGCUUCUUCUUUGGCUGUGGGAGCCUCAUCACCAUGACAGUGGUGAGCCUGGACCGCUACCUGAAGAUCUGCCACCUCCGAUACGGUACAUGGUUAAAGCGCCACCACACCUUCAUUUGCUUGUCCUUUGUCUGGAUGUAUGCGGCCUUCUGGGCCACCAUGCCGCUGGUUGGCUGGGGCCACUACGCCCCGGAGCCGUUUGGGACCUCAUGCACCCUGGACUGGUGGCUCGCUCAAGCCUCUGUGUCGGGCCAAAGCUUCGUGUUGGCCAUCCUCCUCUUCUGCCUCGUCCUCCCAGCAGGCAUCAUCGUCUUCUCCUACGUCAUGAUCAUUUUUAAAGUGAAGUCGUCGUCCAAGGAAAUCUCACACUAUGAUGCCCGCAUACGAAACAACCACAACCUGGAAAUGAAACUCACAAAGGUGGCGAUGCUGAUCUGCGCGGGCUUCUUGAUCGCCUGGAUUCCGUACGCCGUGGUCUCUGUGGUGUCGGCGUUCGGCGAGCCGGACUCCAUCCCCAUCCCCGUGUCUGUCAUUCCCACGUUGCUAGCCAAGUCGUCAGCGAUGUACAAUCCAAUCAUCUACCAGCUGGUGGAUCUGAAAAACUCCUGCUCCAACUGCUGCAUCAAGGUCAUGAAGAAACCAAAUCAUUUUAGGAAGUCGAGGUUCUACACAAUCUCCAGCUCAAUAAAGGACAGCAGACCAGCCAAAGACGCUCACAUCGAGAUCUGACCAAUCACACGCUGCCUGCCUGCCAUGAGGUCAUCACCUGCUCACCUUUGUUGCCGAUUCCUGCGUGCUGCGGCUCCCUACCUACACUGGAAAUCCACCUUUCUGGUAGCUUCCUACCUGCACAUGACUCUAUCGCUGUAGUGUACACUGGUUUCUAAGUACAGAUACAAUGUUGUGUGGACUUGUUGAUUUUUCCAUCUCCAGUAUUCAAGAGUUCUCAAAAAAAAGAAAAAAAUUAAAAACUACUUGACUCAGGUUUGGGAACCGGUGAUGUUUUCAAGUCAAGACGGAUCUUCAGCUAUAAUGGUUUUUGUGUAAAAUAUGGUUACAAUUCUCAAAAUUUGGUUUGUUUGACAUUUUUAGYUGAACUGGAAAAUACAACUUAAAAAAAAGAAAACAGAUUCAUGUUGAUGUUUUCUGCUGUUUGUACAAGUUGUUGGUGUUUGUACUUUUACACUUGUGUUGUAUAUGAMAAACAAUUUGUAAGUAUCUGGAUACAGCACUGGAUCAGAUGAUCUCACCUGGUUAAUGGCAGAGAGUGAGAGAGAGAGAAAGAGAGAGAGAGAGAGAGAGAGAGAGAGAGAGAGAGAGAGAGAGAGAGAGAGAGAGAGAGAGAGAGAGAGAGAGAGAGACACGACUUAAUUCUGUUGACUGAAAAGUCAAACCAGGAAAAGUUGAGCAAUCAUUAUUUAGCAACAUCAAUUAAAAGUCAAUAGUGUGAAGUAUAGGUGUCCAAGAAAACACACACACGCACACACACACACGCGCACACACACACACACACACGCACACACACGCACGCACACACACACACGCACACACACACACGGAAGCCAAGCCAUUCAGAAUGCACUGACGCCAGAUGUUGUCAUAGUUUUACAUCUGGUUGAUUGUUGCAAACUUGGGUUGAAUUAAUUUAAAGAAAAAUACAUUAAUUUCUACAAGUACCUACAUUUGUAGAAAUAGAGUUAUAGUUAAUUCAGGGAUGACUAAAAUAUAUUUAUUUUUGCUAUAUCUUCUCUUUUUUUGGUUACCACUGAAAAUAAAAGUUGUUCCUUUCUUUA